AUGUCACUCGACCAUUUUCGUCCACGGGCUAAGAAGUUAAAAACGAUAGAGUCAUUUUUCAAGCCUAAAAGGGGUGAUAAAUCAAGUGAGCUGCUUCCUUCUACUGACAAUGUUGGCAUGCCUACAUCAUCACACUAUGAACAUGGUACUUCUCAGCAGCAAAAGAAGCCAUCAUAUGCUCAACCAACUAUAUCUAGUAAAGCCAAAGAAGUUGCAGUUCAAAGAAAUGGAGGUACUUAUGAGCGUGAUACAGGUUUGCGGCGCCAAAUUUAUGAAUAUCCAGUGAAUCAACGUGAUGAGCAUUCAUGGCUAGAGUACUCUAUCGAAAAGAACAAAGCGUAUUGCUUCCCUUGCUUUAUUUUUGAAACGGAUCCACCUAAGCGUCAUGCAUUUACAAUAGAAGGUUUCUCAGAUUUCAAGCAUAUUGGUUCUAAUAAGACGGUAUCUACAUGUUCAUUUGUUCAACAUGUUGGACAUAUCAAAUCUUCUCACAUGGUAGCUGUGGAAACUUGUGAAAAUCUUCGGAGGCCAUCUCACCAUAUUGAUAGAGUUUUUCGUAAACAAAGUAAGGAGAUUAUAACAAAGAAUAGGUUACGACUAAAGGUAGCAAUUGAGACAGUUAAAGUGCUUGGUCUUCAUGCAUGUCCUUUUAGAGGUAACGAUGAGUCAUUAGAGUCAACAAAUCGUGGUAAGUUUAUUGUUUUGAUGAAAUAUGCAGCCAUAUUGAAUGACAAGAUUGAUGAAGUUGUCUUAGGAAAUGCACCUGGAAAUGCAAUGUAUACUUCACCGAAGAUUCAAAAGGAAAUUCUACAUAUUCUCGCUAACAAGGUAAAGGAUACUAUUCGUGCAGAAAUCGGAGAUGCUAAAUUUUGUAUUCUUGUAGAUGAAGCACAAGAUUCAUCAGUUCAAGAGCAAACGGCUAUUGUUCUGAGGUUUGAUGAUACUAAUGGUUGCAUUAGAGAGCGGUUUUUUGCAGUCAGAAGUGUUGAGGACACCACGUCAUUAACUUUAAAGAGGGAGAUUUCCGAAGAUCUUUCUUCACAUGGUAUUUUAGUAGAAAAUAUUCGGGGUCAGGGGUUACAACUAGCAUUAGUAGAAGCAGCUACAGAUGAGCAAGAUGUUUAUCUGUUUUUUGAGAAGUUAAAGGUUAUUUUCAAGCUUGUUGGGGCUUCUCCUAAGCGUCACAGUCAAUUGAAAUCUGCAGCAGUAUUAGAGGUCGCCAUAAAAUUAGCUGAUGGUGAACUUGAGACUGUUUCGGGAGACAAUCAAACUCGUACUUUGAAAUGGGCAGCAAAUACUCGUUGGAGCUCACAUUUUGGUUAUGUAUUCAGUUUGAUCCGUAUGUAUAAUCCAGCUUGCAUAGUCCUUCAAAAUGUUAUGAAAGAUGGAAACACCUCUAAGAUAAGGGGGAUGGCAAAAGGUGCUUAUCUUGCAAUUAGGUCUUUUGAGUUUGUUUUUAUCUUACACUUGGUGGGAAGUGUUAUGGCGGUAACAGAAGUGCUAUGUCAAGCUCUGCAAAAGAAAACACAAGACAUUGUUAAUGCCAUGAAUCUGGUCAAGUCCACAAUAGUGCUUCUUCAAGAAUUGAGGGACAAACAUUGGGUUACUUUUUUUGGAAAUGUUAAAAGUUUUUGUGAUGAACAUGACAUUGUCCUUCCUGAAUUUUCAGAUCGAUAUAUGAUGGGUACGGGUCGUUCUUGUCAGCAGAAAGACCAUAUGACUAUUGAACAUCAUUACCGCGUUAAUAUAUUUAAUGCUGUCAUUGAUUUUCACCUAUUGGAGCUAAGCAAUCGAUUCACAGAGGAAUCAAUGGAGCUACUUGUGCUUUGUUCAGCUUUCAGUCCGGAUGAAAAUUAUAAAGCUUUUGACAUUGAUUCCCUUUGCAGUCUCGCAGAAAGGUUUUACCCUGAUGAUUUCACGGGGCAAGAGGUAUGUGUUUUAAGAAGCCAACUACAACAUUACAAGUUAGACAUUGCCGACAAUCCAGAUUUUGGAAACAUGACUACUGUGGCUGAAUUAUGUCAGUGA